UGGUGGCUCCUGAGUUCUCCCCAGCCCUGGUUCGCACUUGGGCCUCGCCCUACAGGCCAGGAGCUAUGGGCACAGUUUUAGCUUUGACCUCCCUGUGCCGGAGAGGACGCCCAAGGCAACCUCCCUCCCAGUCCUCCCCCAACUCCUUCCCCAUGUCCUGUAACAACUGUGUCUCCCUUCUGCACCCUGAGAUCAAACUGGGGGGUAUCGUAUGGUCCCCAUCCCCCACAUUUCCUUUUCCGUGCCCCUCCUCCUGCUAGUAGUGGGGACUGUCAAGAACUGAGGUUUGGGAGUGAUACCUAGAGCAAGUCACUCCCAUUCUUCAUGCCUCCGUUUCCUCAUCUGCCCCCUGGUAUGGUAAUAAUAGUGUAUGGUGCUUUGUAGUACCUUGUAAAGUUAGGCUCUAUCUGUGAGUGACUGGAAAAUGGGGUUGAGGGUUGUUACAAAGCCCCAGAGGCUGUGAUUUGAACCCAGGGUAACCUGGGUUCAAAUUCUGCCUCUGCCACUUGCUGUUCAGUUGACCUUGGGCAAGUCACUUCACUUCUAAAUUUUCUGGCCCCUUAGUAGCUGUUACUAUUAGAGCUUAAUUCAGAAACCCUUAAUAGAGGGUGUGAUAUCUCCCUAUCCCCAGUCUGGGCACGGUCAGCCCAGCUCCCUGAGUGCCUCCUGAGUUUCCCUAGUGGGGCGAGGAUGCGAUGUCUCUCAGCGGAGCAAACCUGGCGGUAGUUUAUUCUGCCGUGUUCUUGCUCAUUUGGUCCUUUCAGUGGCUGCAGUUGCAGACAGCUGGAAUGAGGGAGAGGCUGCCCAGUGGUUUCAGGUUGGGCAAUAAAGGCUUGUCUGGGCAUCCGGCGGCCCUUCCCUCCUCGCUGGGGCUGGAGGAGGGGACUCUGCAGGAAGCAGCUAGUGGCCGGGGUGGGGGUGCUGAGCUGGGGCACCCUGCUUGCUGGAGGCAUGCUGUCAUGCUUCGGUGCUUUCAUCAGCUGGGCUGGGCUUGUGGGUGGGCUGGCCUUUCCAUGCAGGGCAGAGGUAGCCAGAGUUGGAGGGGGUGCUUCGUGCCCCCUUCCUCCCUCCACCCUUUUCCCUCCUCCUGCAUCCUGUUGUGUCCUGUCCCUGUGACACCUCAGAGGCUCUCUUAACUAUCCCCUUCUCUCCUCCUGCUCCUUUCACUUGCAGGAAGACUCCAGCCUCUUCCCUCCACAGAGCAGGGAUCUUGCUAAGAGUCAUGUUUGAACUCGGGUUUAGAGCCCUCUGAAGGCUCCCCCUUGCUUUCAGGGUUAUGUCCUUGCCCCUUGGCCCUGCUGCUUGCCUGUCCAGCCCCAUCUUGUUUGGUGUCACUUGCCCUUUGCAUCCUGUGAUCUGGCCAGCCUGACCUUCUCACCAGUAGCCCCCAAGUGCCCAUGGCUCGCCUGCUCCUCUCGGGCCUUUGCACGAGCGGUGCUUUCUCCCUGGAACUCUCUUAACUCCACCUCCCGGCAGGCGAACUCCUGCAACUUGCUCAGCUCUCAGCUUAGACAUCACCUCCUCCCUGAAGCCUUCCUUGGAGCUUGAGCCCCGUGAGGACAGAGGCUGGGUAUUUAGUUCCCCUCUGAAUCCUUAGUGUCAGGCACAAGGCCUGGCCCACCCAGUCUGAAUAAAUGUAUGUGACAUGAAAGAAUGAAUGAAGUUGAGGAGAUCAAGUUGAGAGCUGAAGACGCCAGAUGGGGGCGCACUGACUCCACUGAAGCUGGCUGCACCUUCGAGGAGACGAGUGACCCAGCAGUGCCCUGCGAGUACAGCCAGGCCCAGUACGAUGACUUUCAGUGGGAGCAAGUGCGGAUCCACCCUGGCACCCGGGCCCCUGCGGACCUGCCCCAUGGCUCCUACUUGAUGGUCAACACUUCCCAGCACGCCCCAGGCCAGCGGGCCCAUGUCAUCUUCCAGAGCCUGAGUGAGAAUGACACCCAUUGUGUGCAGUUCAGCUACUUCCUGUACAGCCGGGACGGGCACAGCCCGGGCACUCUGGGUGUCUAUGUGCGUGUUAAUGGGGGCCCCCUGGGCAGUGCCGUCUGGAAUAUGACUGGAUCCCAUGGCCGACAGUGGCAUCAGGCUGAGCUGGCUGUCAGCACCUUCUGGCCCAACGAAUAUCAGGUGCUGUUUGAGGCCCUCAUCUCCCCAGACCGCAGGGGCUACAUGGGCCUAGAUGACAUCCUGCUUCUCAGCUACCCCUGCGCAAAGGCCCCGCACUUCUCCCGCCUGGGCGACGUGGAGGUCAACGCGGGCCAGAACGCCUCGUUCCAGUGCAUGGCAGCGGGCAGAGCAGCCGAGGCUGAGCGCUUCCUCCUGCAGCGGCAGAGCGGGGCGCUAGUGCCAGCGGCCAGUGUCCGGCACAUCAGCCACCGGCGCUUCCUGGCCACCUUCCCGCUGGCCGCCGUGGGCCGCGCGGAGCAGGACCUGUACCGCUGUGUGUCGCAGGCCCCGCGCGGCGCGGGGGUCUCCAACUUCGCGGAGCUCAUCGUCAAGGAGCCCCCCACGCCCAUCGCGCCCCCACAGCUGCUGCGGGCCGGCCCCACCUACCUCAUCAUCCAGCUCAACACCAACUCCAUCAUCGGCGACGGGCCCAUCGUGCGCAAGGAGAUCGAGUACCGCAUGGCGCGCGGCCCGUGGGCCGAGGUGCACGCCGUGAGCCUGCAGACCUACAAGCUGUGGCACCUGGACCCGGACACCGAGUACGAGAUCAGCGUGCUGCUCACGCGCCCUGGAGACGGCGGCACCGGCCGCCCAGGGCCGCCUCUGGUCAGCCGCACCAAGUGCGCAGAGCCCAUGAGGGCGCCCAAAGGCCUGGCCUUUGCCGAGAUCCAGGCCCGCCAGCUGACCCUGCAGUGGGAACCACUGGGCUACAACGUGACGCGUUGCCACACUUACACUGUGUCCCUGUGCUAUCACUACACCCCGGGUAGCAGCCACAACCAGACCAUCCGGGAGUGUGUGAAGACGGAGCAGGGCGCCAGCCGCUACACCAUCAAGAACCUGCUGCCCUAUCGGAAUGUUCACGUGCGGCUCGUCCUCACGAACCCUGAGGGGCGCAAGGAGGGCAAGGAGGUCACCUUCCAGACAGAUGAGGAUGUGCCUGGUGGAAUUGCAGCCGAGUCCCUGACGUUCACUCCACUGGAGGACAUGAUCUUCCUCAAGUGGGAGGAGCCCCAGGAACCCAAUGGCCUCAUCAUUCAGUAUGAGAUCAGCUACCAGAGCAUCGAGUCGUCAGACCCGGCGGUGAACGUGCCGGGCCCACGACGUACCAUCUCCAAGCUCCGAAACGAGACCUACCAUGUCUUCUCCAGCCUGCACCCAGGCACCACCUACCUGUUCUCGGUGCGGGCCCGCACGAGCAAAGGCUUUGGCCAGGCGGCACUCACUGAGAUCACCACCAACAUCUCCGCUCCCAGCUUCGAUUAUGCCGACAUGCCAUCGCCCCUGGGCGAGUCUGAGAACACCAUCACCGUAUUGCUGAGGCCGGCACAGGGCCGUGGUGCACCCAUCAGUGUGUACCAGGUGAUUGUGGAGGAGGAGCGUCCGAGGCGACUGCGGAGGGAGCCAGGUGGCCAGGACUGCUUCCCAGUGCCACUGACCUUUGAGGCGGCGCUGGCCCGAGGCCUGGUGCAUUACUUCGGAGCUGAACUGGCAGCGAGCAGUCUGCCUGAGGCCAUGCCCUUCACCGUGGGUGACAACCAGACCUAUCGAGGCUUCUGGAACCCACCACUUGAGCCCAGGAAGGCCUACCUCAUCUACUUCCAGGCAACAAGCCACCUGAAGGGGGAGACCCGGCUGAAUUGCAUCCGCAUCGCCAGGAAAGCUGCCUGCAAGGAAAGCAAGCGGCCCCUGGAGGUGUCCCAGAGGUCGGAGGAGAUGGGGCUUAUCCUGGGCAUUUGUGCAGGGGGGCUUGCUGUCCUCAUCCUGCUCCUGGGGGCCAUCAUUGUCAUUAUCCGCAAAGGGAGAGACCACUAUGCCUACUCCUACUACCCGAAGCCGGUGAACAUGGCCAAGGCCACCGUCAACUACCGCCAGGAGAAGACCCACAUGAUGAGCGCCGUGGACCGGAGCUUCACGGACCAGAGCACCCUGCAGGAGGACGAGCGGCUGGGCCUGUCCUUCAUGGACACCCACGGCUACAGCUCCCGGGGAGACCAGCGCAGCAGUGGGGUCACUGAGGCCAGCAGCCUCCUGGGGGGCUCUCCACGGCGUCCGUGUGGCCGGAAGGGCUCCCCGUACCACACGGGGCAGCUGCACCCCGCGGUGCGUGUGGCCGACCUCCUACAGCACAUCAACCAGAUGAAGACGGCCGAGGGCUACGGCUUCAAGCAGGAGUACGAGAGCUUCUUUGACGGCUGGGAUGCCACAAAGAAGAAAGACAAGCUCAAGGGCGGCCGGCAGGAGCCGAUGCCUGCCUAUGAUCGGCACCGAGUGAAACUGCACCCGAUGCUGGGAGACCCCAAUGCCGACUACAUUAACGCCAACUACAUAGACAUUCGGAUAAACCGUGAAGGUUACCACAGGUCAAACCACUUCAUAGCCACUCAAGGGCCGAAGCCGGAGAUGGUCUACGACUUCUGGCGCAUGGUGUGGCAGGAGCACUGCUCCAGCAUCGUCAUGAUCACCAAGCUGGUCGAGGUGGGCAGGGUGAAAUGCUCACGGUACUGGCCAGAGGACUCAGACAUGUAUGGGGACAUCAAGAUCACGCUGGUGAAGACGGAGGCUCUCGCCGAGUAUGUCGUGCGCACCUUUGCCCUGGAGCGGAGAGGCUACUCUGCCCGGCACGAGGUCCGCCAGUUUCACUUCACAGCAUGGCCAGAGCACGGCGUCCCCUACCAUGCCACGGGGCUGCUGGCCUUUAUCCGGCGUGUGAAGGCCUCCACCCCGCCUGACGCUGGGCCCAUUGUCAUCCACUGCAGCGCGGGCACUGGCCGCACAGGUUGCUACAUUGUCCUGGACGUGAUGCUGGACAUGGCCGAGUGUGAGGGCGUGGUGGACAUCUACAACUGCGUGAAGACCCUCUGCUCCCGGCGCGUCAACAUGAUCCAGACUGAGGAGCAGUACAUCUUCAUUCACGAUGCAAUCCUGGAGGCCUGCCUGUGUGGGGAGACCACCAUCCCUGUGAGUGAGUUCAAGGCCACCUACAAGGAGAUGAUCCGCAUCGAUCCUCAGAGCAAUUCCUCCCAGCUGCGGGAAGAGUUCCAGACGCUCAACUCGGUCACCCCGCCGCUGGACGUGGAGGAGUGCAGCAUUGCCCUGCUGCCCCGGAACCGCGACAAGAACCGCAGCAUGGACGUCCUGCCUCCCGACCGCUGCCUGCCAUUCCUCGUCUCCACCGACGGGGACCCCAACAACUACAUCAACGCCGCUCUGACGGACAGCUACACUCGGAGCGCGGCCUUCAUCGUGACCCUGCACCCGCUGCAGAGCACCACGCCCGACUUCUGGCGGCUGGUCUACGACUACGGGUGCACCUCCAUCGUCAUGCUCAACCAGCUGAACCAGUCCAACUCUGCCUGGCCCUGCCUGCAGUACUGGCCAGAGCCAGGCCGGCAGCAGUAUGGCCUCAUGGAGGUGGAGUUUGUGUCGGGCACAGUGGAUGAAGACUUGGUGGCCCGAGUCUUCCGGGUGCAGAACAUCUCUCGGCUGCAGGAGGGGCACCUGCUGGUGCGGCACUUCCAGUUCCUGCGCUGGUCUGCAUACCGGGACACGCCUGACUCCAGGAAAGCCUUCCUACACCUGCUGACUGAGGUGGACAAGUGGCAGGCAGAGAACGGGGACGGGCGCACCGUCGUGCACUGCCUAAAUGGGGGCGGACGGAGCGGGACCUUCUGUGCCUGUGCGACAGUCCUGGAGAUGAUCCGUUGCCACAACCUGGUGGAUGUUUUCUUUGCUGCCAAAACGCUUCGGAACUACAAGCCCAAUAUGGUGGAGACCAUGGACCAGUACCACUUCUGCUACGACGUGGCCCUGGAGUACCUGGAGGGGCUGGAGUCAAGAUAGCGGGACCUCUGGCCUGGGGCACCCACUGCACACUCAGGGCCAGACCCACCGUCCCAGACUGGCGAGGAAGAUCUGUGCCUCCAGCUCUGCCCAGCUGCAGCCCCACGGGGAAAGCACUGGACUGGACGCUGGGCCAUCUUGGUGCCCCCUUCACUGUGGGCAGGGCCUUUCACUAUGUCCCAUGGGCAGGCCGUGGGCCCGGAGGAGCUUAGCAAGAGGGCGGCCCAGCCCCACCUCCACAGGGUCCUGCAGGCCUGUGCUGACGGGCCUGGCACUGCCUGGCAGAAAGGCAGGGGCUCAGGACAGCCAGCUCUGGGGGACCCAGACCAAGCCCCUCGACUCCAUCCCAGCCUUGGGCAGAGAUGAGUGAGGCCCUGCAGCGAGCGUCCCAGGUCAAGGUUUCCACCCAGCUCAGCACCCUGUGCUCGUGGGUGGAGAGUGCUGUGAGGCUUGGCAUCUAGAAUUCCAUCGGGCCCCACCCCUGAGGGCCCUGGGGAGGCUGGGACCUGGCCUGAAUUGUCAGUGAGGCACACCGACUGUCUUCCCCCAGGGAACUGCGGUGUCCUCCUCCACCCCACAGCCCCCUGCAGCCCCCGGGGAUAUUCGCUCACCAUCCCUCCCCACUCCGCUUCCCAUGUGCUCUGAGCUUGCGUGAGCCAGGAUCUGCCUUCCCCACCUGCCCCCGCAUCUGCAGAAUGAAGUCACCUCAGCCCUGUCUUCCUCUAACCCUCAGGCCUCGCUGGCCUGUCCUGCUUGGCUUGGGCCAGUGACAGUCUGUAAGGCUGAAUGGCAGUCUCUGGGGUCAAGGUCCCUGUGGCUUCUGGUCAGGCUGCCCACCGGGGGAGGGGGCCAGGCUGGUCACAGCCCCUAGAGUUCAGAGGAAAAGAGGAUAUUUUGGGAUGGAGGAUCAGUGCUUUUUUGUUUGUUAUUUUUGGAUGGGUAGGUGGGAAGGUCUCUUUAAAAUGGGACAGGCCACACCCCCAUUCCGUGCCUCAAUUUCCCCAUCUGUAAACUGUAGAUAUGACUACUGACCUACCUCGCAGGGGGCUGUGGGGAGGCAUAAGCUCAUGUUUGUAAAGUGCUUUGUAAAUAAACAUGCUCUCUGAAUGCCAC